AGAAGCGGAAGCCACUGAACUCUUGUUUUUCCUUUUGACCCCGCAGUGGUCUCCACACACAUCACAUGUCAACCUCCCCUCCGCAAGCUGCCACGUGUCCGAAGCACAAAUGUAAGCUCUCUUUCUUCACAAAAGAGGCGCCAGGGAAUUUGGAUCCGAUUCGCUUUCCGAUAUCUGCUUCGCUCGUUCGUUGUAUGCAUACCUUUCAAUCACUCACUUCGGCAUCUCACUCUCUCCUUCCCCCAAUUCCUCGAAAACCUAAUAAUCCCAAUCUUCGAUUCCCAAUCGCUUCGAAUCGGACUUUUGCUCUCAAGUUUCCAGUGCAGGUUUGCGUUGGAUAUAGGAUAGUCAUGGAUCGGCUCGAAGCUCCUGCCCGGCUAAUGAUAGUUUCAGAUCUUGAUCAUACAAUGGUUGAUCAUCAUGACACUGAGAACCUUUCCCUGCUCAGAUUCAAUUCCCUGUGGGAAGCGAAUUACCGUCACGAUUCUCUGCUGGUUUUUUCAACUGGAAGGUCACCGACACUGUACAAAGAAUUGAGAAAAGAGAAACCCAUGUUAACUCCCGAUAUAACAAUAAUGUCUGUAGGAACCGAGAUAACAUAUGGUAACACAAUGGUUCCUGAUGAUGGCUGGGUUGAGGUUCUGAAUCAAAAAUGGGAUAGGAACAUAGUCAAAGAGGAAGCCAGCAAAUUUUCUGAACUUAAACUUCAGGCAGAAACAGAGCAACGGCCACACAAGGUUAGCUUUUAUGUUGAGAAGGCCAAGGCUCAGGAAGUGACAAAGGCUCUUUCAGCAGUUUUUGAAAAGCGUGGGUUGGAUGUGAAGAUAAUCUAUAGUGGAGGAAUGGAUUUGGAUAUAUUACCACAAGGUGCUGGCAAAGGACAAGCUCUUGCAUAUUUGCUUAAGAAAUUUAAGAGUGAGGGAAGGCCACCUGUUAACACUCUUGUUUGUGGUGACUCUGGAAAUGAUGCUGAGCUUUUUAGCAUUCCAGAAGUAUAUGGUGUCAUGGUUAGCAAUGCCCAAGAAGAAUUGUUGCAGUGGCAUGCCGAAAAUGCUAAGGGUAACACAAGGAUUAUUCAUGCAACAGAGAGAUGUGCAGCUGGAAUCAUACAAGCCAUUGGCCACUUUAAGCUAGGUCCGAGUUUGCCCCCAAGAGAUAUUGCAGAUUUUUCUGACUAUAAACUGGAGAAUCCAAAUCCUGGUCACGAACUAGUAAAGUUUUUCUUGUUCUAUGAGAAAUGGAGACGCGCAGAAGUUGAGAAUUCAGAGAUCUAUUUGGCAAGUUUGAAAGCAGAUUGUUCUCCAUCCGGUACAUUUGUCCAUCCUUCUGGAGUUGAGCACUCUCUUUCUGACAGCAUAAAUGGUCUGAGAAACUGCUACGGAGACAAACAGGGAAAACAAUUUCGGGUUUGGGUGGAUGGGGUAUUAGCUACACAUGUUGGUUCAAACACAUGGCUAGUGAAGUUCGAUAAGUGGGAAUUAUCUGGUGAAGAACGUUGUGCAACAAAGGGAACAGCUGUUAUAAGUUCAAAGGGUUCCGGUGUGUCAGUUGGUUUCACUUGGAUUCGAGUGCACCAGACGUGGUACAAAGGAUACGAAGCAAAAGAUGAUUCAACGUGGUUCUUCUAAAUUGUGAUUGCAGGUUCAUUUCAAAGAUCUACAGCGCCCUGAAACUUCCUCUGUGAAAAUAAUUGCGUAUGUUAAAUAUUCAAGUUUUCGGAAGUCACGUAAUCAUCAACUACACGGACAUGGUUACGAGAUGAUUAAUUCAGUUAAAAAGAAAUAACAGUAAGGCUGGUAUUCAUAGUCUAACGGCUUCCUUCGACAUAAACGUUUCAUAAACUUGAACAGAUGACACAGAAGAAUGACAAUGAUGUCAAUGAAUACUUACCCUUAAUAAUGUAAAUUUGGUAUUUUACGUAAAAUUUACAUAUGCUA